CGAUUUUGACGAGGGCAGCGGGCGCGAUAGCGGUAGCGACAGCGGCGCGGUCGAGCGCGCGGUGUCGCUCAUCUCCACCAUUCGCGUCCGCGUGUCUCUCUUCUCCUGCCAGCUGUCGUCGCUGGCAGUCGACCACGCCUAUUUCUGUCGCUGCAACGGUUUUGGACUUCUCUCUUUGCCGCUCGGCGCAAGGUUCUCUGUCAGCUUGUUAUCACCUCGCCAAUCAAUCACAGUGUGUCAGAAUGAGUUUCAAGGAUGAUAUCGAUAUCGUCAUUCCGACCAUCAGAAACUUGGACUUCUUGGAGCAAUGGCGUCCUUUCUUUCAGCCUUAUCAUCUGAUCAUUAUUCAAGAUGGUGAUCCAUCAAGGACGGUCAAAAUCCCCGAAGGGUUUGACUAUGAACUGUACAACAGGAAUGACAUCAACAGAAUUCUUGGCCCCAAAUCCUCUUGUAUCUCGUUCAAGGACAGCGCCUGCCGUUGCUUUGGCUUCAUGGUAUCGAAGAAGAAGUACAUCUACACGAUCGAUGACGACUGCUUUGUUGCGAAGGAUCCGACCGGCAAGGAUAUAAACGCCAUCGAUCAGCAUUUGACGAAUGUCACUACCCCAUCUACUCCUUACUAUUUCAACACUCUGUACGACCCUUUCAGACCAGGUGCGGACUUUGUGCGCGGGUACCCCUUCAGCUUGAGGGAGGGUGUUCCGACCGCCAUCUCCCACGGUCUCUGGUUAAAUAUUCCUGAUUAUGACGCCCCUACACAACUCGUCAAGCCGACUGAGAGAAAUGAGAGGUAUGUUGAUGCCGUCAUGACGGUCCCCAAGGGUACGCUGUUCCCUAUGUGUGGGAUGAACCUCUGCUUCAACAGAGAACUGAUCGGUCCAGCCAUGUACUUUGGUCUCAUGGGGGAAGGACAGCCUAUUGGCCGAUACGAUGACAUGUGGGCAGGGUGGUGCUCGAAGGUAAUUUGCGAUCACCUUGGUUACGGUGUGAAAACAGGCUUGCCGUACAUCUGGCACAGCAAAGCCAGCAACCCCUUUGUGAAUCUGAGGAAGGAAUACAAGGGCAUUUAUUGGCAGGAGGACAUCAUUCCCUUUUUUCAGUCUGUGCAGUUCUCUGAAGAAGCGACGACGCCCGAACUGUGCUAUCUGGAGCUCGCAAAGCAAGUCAAGGAGAAACUCUCAAAGGUGGACAAUUACUUCAUCAAUCUUGCAAAUGCCAUGGCUAUGUGGAUCGAGGCGUGGUCCGAGAUGAACCCGCCAGUCAAAGCAGUGAUUUCUGCCAAUGGCCCUGCUCCAAAGAAGUGAGGAAGCAUGUUCUUGCAAACGCGGCGGAAAUGCCGAUAGCGGUGUGUUCUCCUGGGAUCGGAGAGUUCUCUGCUGUAUGUCACUGAUGAAGAUGACCAUGAAACUCGGAAAGGGAUUAAAAACUUCAUAAAGGAGCGUUUUUCCGAUCGAGGCGCGCUCUUCUUCUUGCAGCUGAACGUCGCAAUCUUCCGCACGGAGAUUGCGGAAUGUGAUAUAGCUACAGUGAAGGUUCUCAACAAAGAGUAGUACGGAUCUGGGAUAGGUUCCCUUGGCGGAAGCAACACGACUGGAAGGAGACGAAGAAUAUAGAUCAAAUUGAUCAAAUUUGCCGGUGGAUUUUUGAAGAUGCACUUCCAAGUGACACAGGAGAGGUGCUGAAACGAGGGACGGCAACAGAAAAUGUCGGCUUGUCAGGUAGGCUGUUGCUAGAUUACGUCAGGUAGGCUAUUGCCAGAUUAUUGUGAUGCAUGUGCAGUGUGGGUUCCAUUCUUUGCUGUUCUUGGCCGGUUAGUGAAACGGAUGAGUGGGCAAAAGGGCUUUGAACCCCUCAUCCUAGCCUUGACAAGGCCAUGCUUACCAUUAAGCUAUUUCUGCCACGACUUUUGGGAAAAAGUAGCGCACAAGGAAGAAGUCUGCCGGGUGUUAGGCAGUAAUCAAUGAUGCGGACCGCGUCUCUUCUGCGGUCGAGGUAUGAGAAAGGUUAUAGCUGCGCUGCUCUGUCCUCAGGGGAGGGUGGAGGUUGGGGGAGGGGGUUGGGGAGAGAGAGAGAGAGAGAGAGAGAGAUCUUCACAAAUGCGGCCAAGGUCUGAGAAAGGUUUUAGCUGCGCUGCUCUGUACUCAGGGGAGGGUGGAGGGUGGGUGUUGCAUACCGUAUAGGUGCAGACCAGAACAAGAACCGACCUUUCCAUACAAGGUAUAAGAUAGCACAGCGGAAGGCUUAGAUACCAGUGAUCCGAACAAUCAAUGUUGUAAUGCAGCGCUGAACAUACAUCAUCAUCAUCGUUUCAUAGUGUGAAUGGGUCUGGCGCUCCACACAGGAAGACAGCGCCAGCCCAGAACAUGCACAGACGAGGAGGAAGGGGAUAGACGAAGAGGAGGGGGAAGAUGGGAAUGUUGUCAACACCAAGUCUUCGGCACAAGCCCAAAUAGUCCCUCGUCGAACUGUCUGAAUCCCAAAUGUGAAGUCUGGAUCCAAUGUCGUCAAGUCUCAAGUCACAACUCUGUCUCUCUCUGUCGUAGUCUGAGAAGUCAGGUGGCGAGAGGGUGAGAAGAGAAGGUGGACUUAGAAGAGGAAGAAGAACUCUCUCUCUCUGUGUGUCCAGUACUAACCUGUGAAGUUGGCGCCUUGAUGCAGGUACCACGAAGAUGGAGCUGGAGCGAUGGCGCCACAGAAAUAGGCUGAAACGAGGUAGGGCCUGCAGGCCCUCGUUUUUCAGCAUCCAGGCUGAAAUGAAUGGGGCCUGUAAGCCCUAAGUUUUAGGCUUUUAGGCUGAAUGUCCGGGACGGGCCCUGUAGGGCCGGUGUGGCUACGCAGUAUGCCACAGUGGGGGAAGAGAGAGAGAGAGAGAGAGAGAGAGAGAGAGAGAGGAAUUUGAACAUUGGCCUUUGUGGACAGCAUGAAGGUAAAGGAGGAGUAAUGGGCUGCUGGGUGCUCGAGUCUUGACGGUCCCAGACCGGGCAUGUCAUUCUGAAGAGUGAGUGGGUGGGUGGGCAUUCUACGGAGGAAUGGAUCCUUUUUCAAAUAGUGCUAGUGGGUCGGGAAAUCCGGCGCGCUUGCGGGUGAGUCGGGGGACUCUUUAUUUUUGCAAGGUGCACUUAUGUAGGUUGGGUAGAUUCUAAUCUGUGCCGGGGACUCUUUAUUUGUUUUCAAAUCUGUGAUGGGCUUAUACAUUGUGCUCCUUUUUCCGUUUGAUGAUGAAUCGUGAGAAGAUUUUUCUUCUCCCGAUCUCUUUAUUUUUCUAAUAAAGCAAACGGGCCGUC